GGUGGAUCUGUCUGAGUGUGUGUGUGUUGCAGGGCUUAUUGUUCGCUUUGCCAUCAGACUCAAGACGUCGUGCUGGAUCCAUUGGUCACUGUCCGUUCCUCUGCAUCUCAUGAUCUAAUCCCACACUUCUUCUCCGGUGAGGACCAGUCUCACGGCGCUGAGCUCCAAUGCUCUCGCUGUGACCCUUCAGCUGCCAAUCUCGUCUUGCUCUCACUCCGAAAGUCCCAGUUCAGUUCCUUCGCCUCGCCAUGGACAUCGGUGGCCUGACGACGGUGGUGGCCAACUCGGCAUACAUCUCGGCCCGUGGCAGUUUCGACGGCACGGCUAACCCGGCGGCCAACCGAGACAAGAAGUACCAUGCCAAACUCAAGCUGCCCCACAUCACGGUGUGCGAAGGUCUGAGAGAAACUCUGGAUCUGCAGUUUAAGAGCAUCUGCGUGGAGCAACCCAUUGGUAAGCGACUGUUUCAAGAGUUUCUGGAAACCACCAACGAGUAUAAAGGCCCUUGUCGACUCUGGAAGGACAUCGAGGCGUAUGACACCGCCGAGGAUAAAGACCGAGCUCAGAAAGCAGCCAAAAUCCUCCAGCGCUACAUGGAGCCUUCGGCCAAGCACUUCUGCCCGUUUUUACCCGAGAACGACAUCACCAAGGUGAAGGAGCGGCACGAGGAGGCGGCGGAUGACCUGUUUGUGCAGAUCCUGGCCAGCGUUUUCAACUUCCUCAAAGAGGUUCCCUUCACCUUCUAUCUAGAGACCAUGUACUUUAAGCGGUUCCUCCAGUGGAAGUGGCUGGAGAUGCAGCCCGUAGCCGAGGACUGGUUCCUGGACUUCCGUGUUCUGGGUAAGGGUGGAUUCGGAGAGGUGUCCGCCUGUCAGAUGAGGGCCACGGGGAAGCUGUACGCCUGCAAGAAGCUCAACAAGAAGAGGCUGAAGAAGAGGAAAGGCUAUGAGGGCGCCAUGGUUGAGAAGCGGAUCCUGGCUCGAGUUCACAGUAGAUUCAUCGUGACGCUGGCUUACGCCUUCCAGACCAAAACAGAGCUGUGUCUGGUGAUGACCAUCAUGAACGGAGGAGACCUGAGGUACCACGUCUAUAAUGUGGAUGAGAAUAACCCAGGGUUUUCUGAAGCCAGAGCGUGUUAUUAUGCUGCUCAGAUCAUUCAAGGACUGGAGCAUCUUCACCAGAAGAGAAUCAUCUACAGAGACCUGAAGCCAGAAAACGUUCUGCUGGAUAAUGAAGGGCACGUCCGUAUCUCUGACCUCGGCUUGGCUGUGGAGCUCGCAGAUGACCAGCUCAAGACCAAAGGCUACGCUGGAACUCCAGGGUUCAUGGCCCCGGAGCUGCUCAAGGGUGAAGAAUAUGAUUACUCAGUAGAUUACUUCACUCUCGGGGUCACGCUGUAUGAGUUCAUCGCCGCUAAAGUACCCUUCAGGACUCGAGGAGAGAAGGUGGAGAAUAAAGAGGUGAAGAAGCGGAUCCUGAACGACCCGGUGACCUACCCAGAAUCCUUCAGUGAGAAAGCCAAGUCCAUCUGUGAGGCUCUGCUGGCUAAAGAGGUGGACAAGAGACUGGGCUUCAAGAGCGGCUCGUGUGACGAGCUGCGCGCGCAUCCCUUCUUCAGCGAAAUCAACUGGAGGAAACUCGACGCAGGGAUUCUGCCGCCUCCUUUUGUACCGGAUUCCAAGACGGUCUACGCCAAGAAUCUGGACGACGUGGGCGCUUUCUCCACGGUGAAGGGGGUCUGUCUGGAGGACGAUGACAAGACGUUCUGCGAUGAGUUUGCGUCGGGAAACAUCCCCAUCCCCUGGCAGGAGGAGAUGAUCGAGACGGGCAUCUACGGCGAGCUGAACGUGUGGGGUCCAAACAGCACGGUGCCCAACGACCUGCGCAGAGAAUCCAUCCUGGAGCCGCUGCCCAAAUCCUCCACCUGCAGCAUCUCAUAACCAGAGCAGCACCGAACCCUCAGAUAGAGCACUUCAGCUUCAGCUGUGACUCUGGAGCACAAAACCAGUCUUAAGGGUCCAUUUCUUGAAACUGAGAUUUAUGCA